AUGGAGAAAGGGAAAGGGCGUGAGACGGCGGAGGCGCCGGGUGCGGAUCUGCUGCCAUGGGUCGAAAAGUACCGUCCGUUGCGCCUCGAGGAGAUCAUGGCGCACCAGCAUAUAAUAUCGACAUUGGAAAAGUUUGUCGACGCCGACCAGCUGCCGCACCUUUUGUUUUACGGGCCGCCCGGCACGGGCAAGACGUCGACGAUUGUAGCGCUGGCGAUGCGCUUGUACGGCAAAAAUUUUCGGAGUCAUGUGCUGGAACUCAACGCGUCCGACGACCGCGGCAUCGAUGUAGUCCGUGGCCAGAUCAAGGCGUUCGCGAGUACGCGCAACGUCUUCAGCACGCAGCAGGACAUGUUCAAGCUGAUCGUGUUGGACGAGGCCGACGCCAUGACACAAGCGGCGCAGGCGGCGCUGCGGCGCGUCAUGGAGCAGUAUACGCGCAACGUGCGCUUUUGCAUUAUCUGCAACUAUGUAAACAAAGUCAUCCCUGCGAUCCAGAGCCGCUGCACACGGUUCCGCUUUGCGCCGCUCGCGUCUGAGCAGAUCGCACGGCGUUUGGAUAUGGUGAUCGACGCAGAACACUGCAAUGUCGAGCCGGACGGACGCGAAGCGAUCCUCCAGCUCAGCCAUGGAGAUAUGCGGCGCACACUCAACAUCCUUCAGGCGUGCCAUGCGUCCGGCGGCGUCGUCGAUGAGGACGCCGUGUACAAUUGCACGGGCAACCCCAACCCGAAGGACAUCGAAACUGCGUUCCAGGCCAUGCUGCAGCAGGAAUUCACUACGGCUUACCAAACGGUACAAACGCUCAAGCUGAACAAGGGCACUGCGCUCGCCGAUCUGCUGCAGGGGAUGUACGAGCUCGUGAUUUCUUUGGAAUUGCCGGCGCAUGCGCGCGCAUACCUGCUCGAUCACAUGGCACAGAUCGAGUACCGGAUGAGUACCAGCGCUUCAGAGCGCGUCCAGCUCUCCGCGCUGCUCGCCGCCGUCAAGGCUGCCGUCGACCUCUCCCAGAAGGCAUAG